AACCCACACGCAAGGAGGUUCUCAGUCGCGGUGAUGACUGCCUCUUUAUCAGAAAACAUCGAGCAGAUCGCAGGCGUCCUUUCUUUUCCAUCAACAUCAGGAACUUGCUUCGUCAUUUGCAUUUGCAACAAACACGCGACUUCACAUAAGACAUAGUCAGCAUAUAUAUUACGCAGAAUAAUCGACAAUGGAGGAAGCAAGUGCACAACAGCAAGGAGCGGCAUUCCCAGCACCACCCUAUUACUUUCAACGGUACACUCAGGAAAACAUCAAUCUUCUCGAAAAAGCGCGUGCUGAUCCCGAAAAUCCAGAAAUCGUAAAGAGCCUCGAGGCGCUUCCAUUUCCCAUCUUGGCCCUAGAACCACCACCACCGGUUAAAAAAGGCAUCUAUUGGUUAUUUGGACGACCAUGGCCGGUCGAGGACAGCUUGGCGACUUUGGAGGAACAAGGAAUUGAGCAGCUCUAUCCAAAAGGCUCCAUCGAUCGUGUAAAGGAACUCAAGAAACUGAACCAUUCUGCCGUCUUCAACUUUUUGGAGCUCGUUCAUACCCUCUCCACAUCGCCCAGCGAGUUUACUGUGAAAGUAGACCAGAUCCGAGUAAUUUUCAUCAACAUGCACCAUAUGCUCAAUGAAUACCGACCACAUCAAGCCAGAGAGACCCUUCGACUGAUGAUGGAGGAGCAAUUGAGCAGGAAAAAGAAGGAAACGGCCGCCUUAAAAAAGUAUGUUUCCUAUGAGCAUAACCUUUUCGAUUCUGCUCAAUGGACACAGAGUAAGGGCACUGACCAGGGAUACGAUAUUAACCCUCUGGAUUUUCUGUUUCUUUUCGUGCUCUAGAACAUGUGCCGAUUUGAGGAAAAGGCUAGCAGCGCUGAGAGAUUUGAAGCAGAAGCGACUUCCAGUUGCGGGCAUGGAUAUGGAUGUGGAGAUGGCACUGGCUUCAACAUCAACAUCAGCAAUGGAGUCGGAAGGAGUAACAACAGAAGGAUCGUCGAUAAAUGAUAUGAAACUAUCACGAAGACCGAGCAGCAGCGAAGAGAAAAGGAAGUCGUUGGCUGCAUUGGAUCCUAUAGCGGCCAGGAAUGUAGAGAAUAUGGCUCGAUUAAUGGAUCUAUGCGAUGAU